UCGUUUGUCAUCACAGCUACAGUUUAUACUAAAAGAUAAACGUUCGGAGUGGCGUUCCCUCAGUUGACGAUCGACCACGAUUCGCGCUGCUCGAGUUCCGGACGUGAUAUAUUUAUUGUGAUAUGUGAUAACAAUUCUCCCCGCGUAGUUUGAGGAAGAAAGCAUUGGUUAUUGUGAUCGGAUUCGGGAAUUCCUUUUAUUUCUGAUCACACGAGAGAAGCAGUUCCUUGCGCGAUCGCGCAAGACGGAAAGCAAUGUGUAGAUGAAGUUUGCAUUUUAGUUUGCAAGUAAGCAAAUAAGCUACCGGAGGAAAACAGCUUCCACUCGUGGUGUAAUGGAAAAGAUGUAUACUUCAAGUGUUGUGAAAUGUGUUCGAUAAUGGGGCAAACAGUGUUACUUUUAUCGUGGUGUUAAACAGUGUUAUCACUGUAAUUUUUUUUUUCAUAAAACAGGCUAUUUACUCUGACACUAUAGUUACGAUAGACUGGAAAAAAAAUGAACUUAUCACAUUCUAGACUGCGCAUACCGUUUGAACAACAGUGCAAUGAGAGUGAUGGUGAGUGGUAGAAAAGCAAUAUUCGUGUUCUGGAUACUUGGGACUAUCAUCGCGGAGCUUGUGGUCUGCCAAAGUACGGAUAGUGAUGGUGACGUGUGGACGACUCGGAUCGAAUCGUCGCCCUCGGAGGUUGUUACCGAAGAAACCCUCGACAGUUCGACUGCGCAGGUCACUUCCGCAUUUACCGAAACCGAGACUGAUCAGGAAACAACCACGGUUGGCGCCGAAGCAGAAGGCGAGGAUGCGUGUUCAGCUGUUUCAAUCGGUCACUUAAAGGCAGAAAUAAUCUCUCGGGGUACAGUGAAGAUUAGCUGGGUCAUAGAUGAUACACUUCAAGUGUGCGUUGAGUUUGUCGAAGUUUCGAACGGAAAUACGACCGUUUCCGUUAGCAAAGACUCUACAUCGUACACGUUCAAAGAUCUGCCCAAGUGCUACCAGUAUCACUUCGAGGCUCGUAUAGUGAACUAUCAGGGUGCUAUUGGACCUUGGAAAUAUGUGGAAACCCACGUUGUGGAUAUCUUAGCGAGUUUUCCUUCUUCGAACGAAGCACAAAUCAGCUGGAGUUUCACCCCAGAAUUGGAAGAAUGUGUGGGUAGUGUAACAGUAACCGGUGAAGAUUUCGAACGAACAGUACCUCCCAAUCAAUUGGUGGUGAUACCUGCCUUAGAGGUAUGCCGAACAUAUCGCUUUGAAGUGGCGAUCGCCUUCCUGAAUGAACGGAUAUCACGGCGUAUGAUCGAUGUGAAGAACAAUGGUCAGUUCAAGGUUGCUGUUUUCAUCGACUCGUACAAUGUUAAUUUUGCGUAUCCAACGGAAGGGUUGGCUUGUGUUGACAGCUUUAAAAUUAGGCAAGAAAUUCCAAUGAAAGGAUUGUCGGACGAAGUCGUCGUUAAUGUUCCCGACCGAGAAUAUACUGGGAAUUUUUCGCAUAAACUGUUCACACCAAACGAAACAUGUGCAUCGCGAGUGAUCACGGUUAUUCCAAUCCACACUUUGAACAUAGAAGGAAACUCAACGGUUUUGAACGUCAAACAUCCGGAUAUAGGACCAGUUCGAGAUAUCGUUGUUGAUGAACAUUCGGUAGGCAGAGUGACGCUCAGUUGGAAAAAACCUGCAGUCUACGGCGAAUGCGUGCGCGAGUUCUGGGUUACCUAUUUGAAUGAGAAUAUUACAGUGCCUGCGGCGGAAACAAGUAUUGCGUUCAACGGCCUAGACGCAUGUCGAACAUAUAUGUUUUCAAUUAUGGUGAUUGAUAUGGAAGGAGCAUUGAAUUCGCAGGCUGUUGAAAUGGUCACUAUUAUGGAGGAAUCGAUCGGACGUGUUGCCGAUUUGAGGGUUUUUACAAACAGUACUCAAUCCGUAUGGCUCGAGUGGGGACUGCCGAAAGAUUCACCGUACUGUAUUGGUUCGUACCAGAUUGAGGAGUGGGUUUCAGACGCUGACGGUCGGAAACUGAACACGCAAACAGCAGUUUCUUCAGAAAAUGAUAUAUCCGCACUGUUGAACACCAGCGAUGUCUGUUCACUGUCAUCAGUCAGUGUAACUCCAAUAUCGAAAACAGGUCUACGGGGAGACUCAGCAACGCUCACACUUCGUGAACCUGUCCAACAGUUGCAAUUUCACGUAUUAUCUGUAAAUUCAGUGCGCUUAGAAUGGUAUCCGCCACCGCGGGUACCAAACUGCGUUAGCUACUACACAAUCUUGAGACAAGGUCUACAGGACCCGAUCAUAAACACUACAUCCACGACCACCACAAUUGGUGAUCUGAAAUCCUGCAAAACCUACACAAUUCAAGUCGUUGCAGUGAACCAUCUUGGGCUCCGGCACUCCCCAGCCGAAGUGACGUUCAUAGUGGAAGAACACAUCUCCGCGGUUCAAAAUAUCAUCGAGACGUCCAGCUGGAUUGAGUGGCAAUUUCCAGCGAACGGAGCCGGAUGUGUACGACAGUUUCGGUUAACCCAGACAGUGAAUGGUAGUGAUACUGUGCUGGACAGUGUUGUGAUUGACGUGAAGAACACGGCUACCAAGAGACCCGGGGACUCCGACACCUAUCGUUAUCUCAAAAGUCCGGAAUACGUAUGCACCUAUUGGGUCAUCACCGAAAUUAUUCCCGUUUCGUUUAGUGACGCCGUAGGUGAUGCCUUCGAUGUGUUGAGCCCACCUCUGAUACCCGGUCCAGUGGUGGAUGUAACCAUCGAUACCACUCAAUACAGACAGGUCACAAUCCGUUGGAAAAUACCUGUCAUUAAUCCUCAAUGUGUUCACUUCUAUCGUGUAUCUUACGAGGGAAAUGAGGUCACGACAAAGGAAACCUAUGUUACGAUAAUAGAUCUACACUCGUGCCUGCGAUAUAAUUUUACGAUAGUGGCCGUCGGUUCCAAUGGGACCAAUGGAAAAGGGGUGAAUGUAAGUGACGUUGUGAGGGAGGAGAAAAUAAGUGGGGUACAGGAGCUCAAGUUGAGUGAGGUAGAUCCAAGAUCGCUAUCGGUCAAGUGGACUCCACCGGUGAAUGGCACAUUUUGCGUAGUUUCUUACCGUUUGGUAGCCUGGGUUUCCGUCGGUGGAGUGCCGGAGGAGCAGUUUUCGAACAUCACUAGUGACACCUAUGUUACCUUUGGGGAGGUGAUGGCCUGCGCCGAGUACAGCGUACAGGUUAUUCCUGUGUCCAGCAGUAACAACGACGGGAUGAACGUGAUAGAGGAAAUAGAAACCAAAUCAAGAGUUGUACGACGCUACCACAUCGAACCGGUUCGUAUGAGCGGUCAAAUGGCCCGAAGUCUAGAACUUCAAGCGAGCUUAACCAGCGAGAAUAACAACCUGUGUCAAUUGCUGAUGAUCCGUUUCAUCUGUCGUGCCGUGAUCGAUGUACUACUGAGCGAUGGAUCAAAAGAGAUCAUUGGUGAGUCUUCCAUCAACGAAACGGACACCGUCUUCACCAGUAUUGUGUCCCCGUUGGAUCCAUACACCAAAUACAAUUGCACCGCACGCAUCAUGAACAUCGCUGGAUGGUCGGAAGAAGGAUCGGCUGUGGAGUUCAGGACCGAUGAAGAUUUUCCAGAACAACCUCGAAAUCUCCAGCUGGUCGGCAGGAAUCGAAUGAUCGAUAUGAGUUGGAAUGCGCCUCUGGUGCGAAACGGAGUGAUCAAUCGCUACCGCGUACACGUUCGGUCGGUGGGAGCACGUUAUCCGAUUCCGAGCUACUGCCCGUUGGAUCCUGGGGUUAACGAAACGAUAGAACUACCCGGCGGGAAUAAUCAGAACUCCAGAACGACCGAUUGGAACGAUGAUGAACUCUAUCACACACUGAAAGAUUUGCGAGCCUAUACAGACUACGUGAUACAAAUAGCGGCUGCAACGAAAGCCGGUUUUGGGUUGUUUUCGGAGAUGGUUCUCGUAACAACUUUGCCAGAAGAGCCCGAAUCUGUGCUAGAGUUCGAGGAAUACAACGUGAGCUUGCCGGAGGUGGACAAACCCUACAACUCAUCCGUGUACAUUACGUGGAAACUGCCGUGCCAUUUGAACGGUCGUCUGCGAAGCUUCGCCGGACAAUUUUUUGGCUACAGAGCAGGGCUUGAGCACACGCUUGAUUGGAGUCUCCCGAUCACGGAUGAUACGGUUGAAAAGUUCACUUUCGCAGAACAUCGGCUGGAGCCGGAGUUUCGCUAUAACGUUUCCAUAAUUGUGUUUGUGGAGGACGUAGCGAACUCUAGCGUUCCAGAGUAUCUCAUCUUUCAAUCACCUGCCGGUAUUCCAGAGUUCAAGGAAAACGUCACCUGGGGUAGCGUGGAUGUUAUGGACGCUCCCAAUCCAACCAAAACGGCCAAGAUAAGCCUGUCGGAGAUUAUUUUCGAAUCGGACGUCGGGAGUAUCACCUACGUGGCUUUGCUGCUCUCCGAACGCCGCUGUCAGCAGGAUCCUGUUCCGGAAAGGAAUCUCUCUGAGGGUUGGCCUCUCGUACCCUCGUGGAUCGAUGUAGCCGAAAUGUCCUGCAUCGUUCAGUACCAGACCACUCCUAAGUUGUGGAAUCCGAUCGGUCAUAGGAAACGCAAUGGCAGGAACGAAGAGCCGAUUUUGUAUGUCAUCGGCAGUGAUGAUUGUGUGGGGAAACAGGAGUACUGCAAUGGUCCGUUGAAACCUGGUACUGAGUAUGCACUGAUUGUGAGAAUUUUCACACAAAGCGGUUACAGUGAUUCGGCUAUUCAGAUCUUCCACACAGACUCACUCAUCAAGUUAACGCUCAUAAUCACAACAAUCAUUGGUUGUUUAUUCGUGGCCUUUAUACUGGGUCUCCUAGUUCUAUGGCGUGCCCAAAAACUGCACGCCCCUGCUCAAACAAUGGUCCGCUCGCCGAACGAUGAACCCUCCGAUAUCCCGCUGAAAUCUUUUUCCGGGAUAUACGACGAAUUGGUGCAAUCCAAUAAGGAAAGAAUCAACAAAGAAUAUCAGGCCAUAAAUUAUUUCUCUGAGCAACUUGUCAACGAAACGGUGACCUUCUUCGUGGCGAAGGAGAACGAGAGGAAGAACCGAUAUCUGGGUAUUCUGCCGUACGACGGAAAUCGGGUGCUUCUCGAGGUGGAUGAUAUGAUCGACGAUGCAGAUGAAGACGUUAACGAUUACAUAAACGCGUCGUUCGUCGAUGGGUACAAGUAUCAGCGGGAGUAUAUUGCCACGCAGGGACCCAAGAAGGAAACCAGUUUCGACUUCUGGCGUAUGAUUCUUCAGUACGAGGUUGAGUCGAUUGUUAUGCUGACGCAGAUUGUGGAGAACGAGAAGAUUAAGUGCUAUCAGUAUUUUCCUCGGUUCAACCAGCAAGUAAGCUUCCGAGACAUACAAGUCAAGUGUACGCAGGAGCUGAAUUUGACAUUCUACCAGAAGAGACUGCUGAUGGUUACACGGGGUAACCUCACGAAAGCAGUGUUCCACUAUCACUUCCUAGUCUGGCCGGAUCACGGCUGCCCAUCUAGUCCAACGGAUUUGAUUAAAUUCAUCAAAAUUGUACGAUCGGAGCGAAAGAACCUCGCCCUGCCCGUAGUUGUCCAUUGCAGCGCGGGAGUGGGUCGAACCGGUACCUUCAUCGCGCUGGAUGUCAUUCUGCAGAGAAUCCAGCAGGAGAAGAAAAUCAACAUCUACGACAUCGUGAAACAGUUGCGGAGGCAACGGGUCAAGAUGGUUCAAACGUUCGAGCAGUACGCGUUUCUGUACCAAAGUUGCCUCGAGUAUACGACCGGAAGCAAUAGGAAAAAGUCAAAGAACAGCAGCGAUGAGAUCUUAGGGAUGAACAGUUUGAAUGAUCGCACUACGACCGGAAGCGGGAGUGGUCGUCGGAAACCACUGGUCAACAUCAAAUUUCCAAAAUACGUACAUAGUGGUAUAUCCAAUGUGAAGAGCUACACACCGGAUGACAUUGAAACCUUUUGAUUGAUAGUUACUACAACAGAUUACGACGUGCCAUCGGAACUAGAACGGUGUAGUUCCUAAAAAGUGAUUAUAGAAGACUACUAUUUGUUGUAAGUUUUGACAGGAAUCUAACAGUAUCUAUUGUUGUUUUAUGGAUAAAUAUAUUUCGUG